CAACAGGAGCUGGAUGAAGCAUUACGCCUCUACGAACUAGAAAAGGAUACAGAAAUAAUUAUACAUGUAGGUACAAGGGAAGAGUGAAAAGAUAACGGAGAAAGUGAACACGAAGAACGCAACAAUGAUGAAAGCGCUAAAAAAGGAUUGAAUGGAGAGGAAGAAGAGCGAGAAACAGAUGGAAGCGUAAUGAGGGAUGGGGCGGAAUAAAGUCAGAAAAGAAGGAAAAGGGUCGGGGCGGGGGUGGUGGUAUGUUUAAAGAGAAAUCAGUCCUGCUUUUCACUGGUGCCUUUAUUCUAGCGUUUGCGCAUUUCGUAGAGUAAAGCGCGUCGGGCGGCGACGGUAGUUAACGAAUCCCGCGGUAGCAGUCGAUAUUCUUACGUGGACUGAUUAGCAGCCACGAAAUUUGCUCGGGCCAGCUCGCACGCAGAUAACAGAGCAUCUUGAAGAGACAUGAGAAGAUAAUUCAAGGGAAGCUGGUGGACAGAGGAAGAAAAAAGCAUUUUGACUGAAACUUUGGCGAACGCCAACACCACUCGAAGGGGGAGAGUCUUGUCGCAGCAGCAGCGGCAGCAGUCCGUUUUCCAAUGAUCGCGAUUCAUGUAGAGAGCUUGUGGCAGCAUAGCUUUGACAAUUGCUGUUGUUAUUGAAGAGGUUGCAAAAGUGGCGAUAAACCAGCAUCGAUCGAGCUGACUCGUCGCAUUCUCAGCCGGGUUCCUGCAAGAGGUCGGGCUACGGUAAAAGAGGAGGACAGAGAACGGUUAGAAGGAAGAGGGAGAGACAGGGAUAGAGAGAGAGGUGAAAAAGAGAUAGACCAAGAGAGCGUGCGCACAUACCGUAGGAAGGAAAGUAGGGAAAACUUUAGGGUGGGAGUUUGGAGGGUAAUUGCGAGCAAAAGACGAGAGCCAGUGGUGUACGAUCGUUGGUGGAUGAUAUUAGGUAGCCAAGAUAGAAGAAGGUGAGAUAAAUACGGCUGAAUUGGUCGCGAAAUGGCGUGGGGAUACUGGAGCGCAACGUCAGUCAGUGAUCGGGGUCGGUCGCCCCGUCGCGAAAAGGACAAACAACAGUACCAGAGUUUGCAUCAACCGCAGCAACAGCAUCAUCAUCAGGCUGAAACAGGAGUAUCGCAGGGGAUGUACGGUGUUCAGCAAGUACAAGGUGAGCUCGGUGUCAGCUCCUCCUCUGUGUCGACCGGGUCCGGUGUUGGCGGCGGUGCCGCAGUAGAGGAACCACCCUGCAGUAUGAUGAUACAGGGUGGUUCCUUUUAUUCCUAUUCCGCGGCUACGGCUGCAGCUGCGGCUGCUGUUGGGCGUAGGAUACCUCCUGCCAUCGAAGGACCUUCCACCUCCUCAACGGGCAUUCAAGUGCUACCAAGGGAUCGACCGAUCAAAUCGAACACCAGCACCUAUCCACCAUCGCCUAGCAGCGAUUCAGCGGAAUACGAACAACCGAUAGCUGGACUUAGAAGCGAAUGCUCCCCUCAUAACAGUCCUCCUGACGACAUAUUCGUGCAGGCUGGCUCUUCGUCUAGGAUAAAGCUACUUUGCGACAAGGGAAUCGACGAUACAUCCGAGGUCGAUCUUGACGAGGUGGUGGCAACCGAGAUGAUGUACGCGACUACCAAUCGUGCUAUAGGGACUAGUACGUGUCGUGUACAUGGGCCGUGUAAUCCACCACCGGAUUCUACCGAUCCCAUAGCACCCUUGAUCGAUGAUACUAUCGGAUCUUCCCAAUUUUGGUUCAACGACAUCACCUGGGUUUUUCCUAAUGUGCCGCCUGCACCAGGAAUGCCCUGUAAGGGAGAAGACAGAAGCAUCUACAGACGCGGCGCACGUAGAUGGAGGAAGCUGUACCGAGUGAAUGGUCAUAUAUUUCAAGCGAAACGUUUCAAUCGGCGAGCGUUUUGCGCGUUCUGCCAGGAUCGAAUUUGGGGACUAGGUCGGCAGGGGUUCAAGUGCAUCCAGUGCAAGCUACUGGUUCACAAGAAAUGUCACAAACUAGUUCGCAAACCAUGCUUGAGUGUCCACCAACUUCAACAACAACAAAUUCCAAGCACAGAGUCGCAAACGAUCGACAGGAACGGCGAUCAACAACAGCUUGAUUCUGUGCAAUGCAGCCCAGUAGCUCAUCUAGAGGAUGAGAUUUCAGAGUCGCCGAUCAUCGAGGAGCAUUCACGCAAUCGAACCGGAAGUGUAGAAAGGGAGGAAUUGCCGUUGGAUACGUUAAAUGAUGCGGAUAAUUCAAAUGAUAUGCAAAGGCAAUACUCAUUAAACGAUUUCGAACUGAUUAGGGUAAUCGGUCGUGGUUCCUACGCGAAAGUUUUGAUGGUAGAAUUGAAGCGUACAAAAAGGAUUUACGCGAUGAAAGUGAUCAAGAAAGCUCUAGUGACAGACGAUGAAGAUAUAGAUUGGGUUCAAACAGAGAAACACGUGUUCGAAACCGCUUCGAAUCAUCCUUUCCUUGUAGGACUUCACUCAUGCUUUCAAACACCUUCUCGUCUGUUCUUCGUUAUUGAAUUUGUACGCGGCGGUGAUCUUAUGUUCCAUAUGCAAAGGCAACGCCGUCUUCCAGAGGAGCAUGCUCGAUUUUAUGCAGCAGAAAUUAGCCUCGCCUUAAAUUUUUUACACGAGAAAGGUAUCAUAUACAGAGAUUUAAAAUUAGACAAUGUGUUACUUGAUCACGAGGGACACGUUAAACUGACUGAUUAUGGAAUGUGCAAAGAAGGUGUACGAGAGGGUGAUACAACAGCCACAUUUUGUGGCACUCCAAAUUAUAUUGCACCUGAAAUAUUACGGGGUGAAGAUUACAGUUUCUCUGUAGAUUGGUGGGCACUUGGAGUACUUUUGUAUGAAAUGCUUGCAGGUCGCAGUCCGUUUGAUAUUGCGGGCGCGUUAGAAAAUCCAGACCAGAACACUGAAGAUUAUCUAUUUCAAGUUAUUUUACAGAAAACAAUUCGUAUACCAAGAUCGUUGUCAGUUAAAGCAGCUUGCGUACUUAAAGGCUUCCUUUGCAAAGAUCCUGCUGAAAGAUUAGGCUGUGGAAAAAGGCCGACAGCUUUUCUUGAUAUUGUUUCCCAUCCAUUCUUCAAAGCAAUUGAUUGGGAAAUGUUGGAGCAAAAACAAGUAACACCACCUUACAAGCCACGUUUAGAUUCUGAUCGUGACUUGGCCAAUUUCCCACCAGAAUUUACAGACGAACCAGUUCAUCUGACACCGGAUGAUCCGAGGGUAAUUGAUAAGAUUGAUCAAAGUGAAUUCGAAGGUUUCGAAUACGUGAACCCGUUACUGAUGUCUCUGGAAGACUGCGUGUGA